AUGUCAGAAGAAGAAAAAAUUACUGGAAUCAUUACUGAUUGGUGCAUGGGAUGGGGUCUAGAAGUAGCAGAGAAGCUGAAUAUCCGCCGUGCUAUAUUUUGGCCUGCCUCAGCUACCCUACUCUGCUCGUUGAUUAGUAUUUCAAAGCUACUCGGUGAUGGAAUCAUUGACAAUGAUGCGUCAGAAUGGAUAGUUGCUAACUCGGCUUAUGACCUUGAGCCUGGAGCUCUCUCUUUCGCCCCAAGCAUUCUACCUAUACGACCGCUCUUGGCAAGCAAUAGGCUAGGAGAUCAAAUGGGCUACUUCUGGCCAGAAGAUUCAACAUGUUUGAAAUGGCUAGACCAACAGCCACCCAACUCAGUUGUUUACAUUGGAUUUGGUAGCUUUACCCUUUUUGACCAAACAUUCAAGAGUUAG